UGCGUUUGCGUGACAGUGUCAUCUGCUUUGUGCGACUCUUUUCUGCUGGCACUUUAGCUAUCAGAGCCCGGAUUCAGGCGUUCAAAGUAAGAUGUGUGUGAAGAUCAGUCGUCUUUAUUCUCUCAUUAUUUUACUAAUCCAGCAAAAGACACCAUGCAUCGACUCUUAAUAUUGACCGCCUUUGUUUUGUUGCUGUUCAUAUUUGCUUCAGCUAAAGCUGGCAGUUUAGAUGACAAUGACGAGUGUCCUCCAGUCGUUCGAUUUGGGAAGGAACUGAAGCAAACGCAUACUUAUCGCAGAGAUACCAAACGCUCUUACGGAAAGCCUGGCACUGAGUCUAGCCAUGAAGUGAAAAAGAAGUCUUGUGAGAUAUCUGAUAAGGAUUGGGAUCCCUGCACUGGUACUGUGGCCAAGGAGAGCUGUGGAUUGCAUGGGGUCUGCACGAAUGGGACGCUCAGCGGUUAUGAUUGCCUGUGCGAAUGUGAUCACCAAGGUACACACUGUUCUUCAAUAAUACUGGAUCUACCAAGGCUAGGAUCUCCACUGGGGAUGACUGAUGGCCGGAUAAGUGCUGCUCAAAUACGGCUGUUGUCUCAGAAAAGGUGCAUCGAGGUUGCUAACCCUGGCCUUGUGUGUGAAGAUAUCAUGCGUUUCCAUACCAGGAUGAAGUAUUACAUUUCCAGUUUCGCGCGAAGCAACAUCUUCGCGGAGGUUGAUUUGAAAUGCCCGCAUAGAAUCACGGCGAUUGAUUCCAUAUUGGUCAAGGGGAAACUGCCGCAUUUCCGUUUGUCCUUUAGUGACGUCACUGGGGAACAAUUCUAUGACGCUAUGGACGCAUGUACCAAUAAAACUAAGGUAUAA